CUCACAGCAGAAGAACAAGAAAAAAAGCAAAGGGCGGCCUUCAGUAAUACAGCCAUCUAUAGCUAAGUUAUUUGAGCUAAAACGACAAAUCAAUUCUCCUCCCGUCUGAAAACCGCCCUACGGUUGCUUGGAAUAAAGAUUCAUUCAUGUGCUGACUGGAUAUAUCAACACGGAAACAUGUCCGGAGCGUGUCAGGACAGAAGUCGUCGCUGGCAGGAGAUCCAGAAAGGCUUGCAGUUCAUCCAAUCAACGCUUCCAUUUCCUGGAAGCCAAGACAAGUAUGAGGUGUUCAUUAAGGAACUUGUGUGGAAUCUUUUUGGAGAAGGAAACGACGUGUUUAAAGAAGGGGAAUGGACAAAAUCCAUCGAGAUGUACACUGAGUCCUUGAGCAUAGCGGAGUACGCAGACUCUGAGGACAUCUGUGUUCCUAUUGCUUUAUUGGAAAAGCUGUAUGCAAAUCGAGCUGCGGCUUAUCUAAAUGUUGUUCCGGGACUAUAUGACCAAGCAUUAGAAGACUGUGAAAAGGCUCUUCACUUAAAUGAGGGAAACUUCAAAGCGCUGUAUAGGAAAGCAAAAUCCUUGAAGGAGCUGGGGAGACACCAGGAGGCCUAUGAGACCGUUGCCAAAUGCUCUCUAGUAGUGCCCCAGGAUCCCAGUGUCACACAGCUGACUCAGGACCUUGCCAAAAUAUUGGGGUUGAAAAUCCGUAAAGCUUAUGUGAGAAGCAAGCCUGCCUUAAAUGUUAUGCGAGGAUCAAAUUAUCAAGAUGCAUCAUUUGAUAAGUUUUCCCAUAGCUCACUUUCAGUUGAAGACAUAGAAAUUGAAGUGCCUCAGUCGGCCCAGGAUGGCAGUGUUCUGGCUCCAACCCUAGCUCCCAUCCAAGCCCCGGUGGCCGCCGUUCACGCGCCUCUGAAUGAAACAGUGCUGGACGAAUUUCCUCACAACAACAGUCACUCAUCUGUGACCCCGUCUGAACCUCCUGGCUUCGAGUCUAUUCCCCUGCCCGUGUCCACAUCAGCUGCUCUCCCUGCACUUACAUUUGUUAACGGGUGCAGGAACACGCAGCCUUGCCCCAUACUUGAAACUAGUCAAGAUUUUGAUGCGGACAUCAUCGGGGAUGACCUAGACGAUCUACUGGACCAAGCUGGCCCCGAAUCCAACAUGGACAUACCCACAGUAAAAGGGCCUCUUCCUUUGCCUACCAGUAUUGCCUCGGGCAGUUCCAUGUCAAGUCCAUUCCUAAUGCCAUCUCAUAUCAGCCCAUAUCACCACAUUAGUACACAGCAGUGCACUGUGACUCUGCCCCCAUUGUAUCACAAAUCAGGGUCAAGCACAUAUUUUGGCAUGGACACUUUUGACUCCCUGCCUCCACCGCUGGACUCCCUGGAUAGUCUCACUAUGUCUGACUUUAAUUCAGAUUAUGUUCCUGGUCCGUUCAUUCCACAGAUAAACACGACGGAAUCCCCAAUGGGAAUGGCUGUGGGAAUGCCUGAAGUGAAGGGUCUUCCUCCUGCUGUCGAUUUAGCGAAGAACCCAUUAGCAGAAACACAUGAAUUCAAACAAGCCUGCUCAGUAUGCUACGUCAAAACUGGUCCCGGUGUGUUGGACUACACAUUUCAUACUGAAGAGCAUAAAUGCAAAAAAGACGCUUUACUCGGCAGAAUCAAACACUCACCAGACAAAACGUGGAAGCUCAUUCGGCCCAGACCGACAAAAACUCAAUAUGUUGGACCGUAUUACAUUUGCAAAGAGGUGGCUGUUGGAAAAGACUGCCUAUACCCCGGCCACUGCACGUUUGCAUACUGCCAAGAAGAGAUUGACGUUUGGACUCUAGAGCGGAAAGGGUUCAUUUCUAGAGAACUACUCUUUGAUCCGUUUGGACAUAACUCUAACAUCAGGUUGACGGUUCCCAAGAUUUUACAGGAGCAUCAUGGGAUAUUCAUGUUUCUUUGUGGGGUGUGCUUUGACCACAAACCCAGAAUAAUCAGCAAAACCAACAAAGACGAACCUUCACUUUGCUCCCAUCCAGUAACAAAGCACGUGUUUGAGGACCAUAAGUGCCUGGUCCACAUCUUGAAAGAGAAUACAGUUCGUUAUUCCAAAAUCCGACCCCUGAAUCCCCACUGCCAGCUGGAUCUCUGUCGCCAUGAAGUCCGCUACGGCUGCGUAAGAGAGGACGACUGCUUUUAUGCACACAGCCUCAUUGAGCUGAAGGUCUGGAUGAUGCAGCAUGAGCUUGGUAUUACUCAUGAAAGUAUUGUUCAAGAGGCAAAGAAGUUUUGGAAUGCAACAGCUUCAUUGCAGGGAGUUCAGCAGCAUUCCAGUGCAAAGAGGAGGUUUGGGCCUCCAAAUCUGAAGAUGCUGUUUGUGUGUGGCCAGUGUUGGAGAAAUGGCCAACUCAGUGAAUCUGACAAAAACAAGAAGUAUUGCUCGGCCAAGGCAAGACACACGUGGGCAAAGGACAGAAGGGUGGUGCUUGUAAGUUCCCACGAAAGGAAAAAGUGGACAGCCGUCAGACCACUUCCAACUAAAAAGCCAAUCCCGUCUCAGUUUGAGAUUUGCAUGCACGUGACAGCCGGAAAGAAGUGUCAGUACAUUGGGAAUUGCACAUUUGCUCACAGCGUAGAAGAAAGAGACCUUUGGACCUAUAUGAAGGAAAAUAACAUUCCAGAUCUGGAUCAGCUUUAUGAGCAGUGGCUGCAGUCUCAGAAGCCAGGCUGGGGCGAGGAGAGCUCCAGUAACUCCAUCAGGGAGAACGGCAAACAGAUCCACAUGCCCACAGACUACGCUGAGGAAGUGGCUGGCAAUCACUGUUGGCUGUGUGGUAAAAACUGCAACAGUGAGAAACAGUGGCAGCAGCACAUCACGUCAGAGAAACACAAAGACCGAGUUUUCAACUCUGAAGACGAUCAGAACUGCUGGCAGUACCGAUUUCCCACAGGCACUUUCAAAGUUUGUGAGAGGUUCCUCAAAGACACAUGCACAGAGGAUGACUUCUGUAAGCUAGCACACGGGGAGCUGGAGCUAAAGGAGUGGAUGGAGCGCAGGGAAUUCCUUUUGAUGAAACUUGCCAAAGCCAAAAAAGACCAUCUUAUAGCACCAAAUGACAAUGACUUUGGGAAAUACAGUUUUCUGCUUAAAGACAUUAAAUAAUGACAUGAUGACAAUAUUCACGCUCACAUGAUAAUGAUGCAGUAUUCAAAACAAGUCUAGAGUCUGGUGACCCCUGAGGGCCUCUGAGGUGCACAGGAAGUAGCCUGACAACAGUAUGAUUUUUAAAGAGAGGGUGUUCAGGCCCAGCCUUCUGGCUGGUGGUUGGUUUUCUCUGGUCAGAACUACAGGAGUGUUGUCGUUAACAGCAAAUAUGCCUGAGUUUAAAACACUUGAAGCUUUGCUAUGCACCUUUCUGGAGAAUAUCUGAAAGCGGUGAUGAAAAUAGCAUGUGUAAACCUUGAUCAGAGAUGUGUUCACAUACUUUAAAAACAGUUUGACCUAAAAAUACAUUUAAUUUUCCAUAAGCAGUUUCUAUAUGUUAACGAUCCUUCAAGUUAUAAGUAUGCAAUACUUAAACUCAGUUCAGUUCACAUUCUGUUGUUUUAAUCCAUCAAAAUAGUGUUACCAGUGUAUUGGGAACCACACCAAAUAAAACUUUUUUAACCUGC